GAGCCACCAUGGCGCACGGCGGGACACGCGUGUCCGCCGCCCGGCUGCUGGCGAUGGUGCUGCUGGUGCUGCUGGGAGCCGCCGCCGCGCCGCGCUGCGCCGAGCCCUGCGGGACGCGCGGAGCCCCGGAGCCGCGGAGGGGCGGCCGCUCCCGGAGAGCAUCCUCGGCCCGGGAGAGGGUCUCCCUCGUCAGCACCUCCUUCGUGCUCAAGGGGGACGCGUCUCACAACCAGGCGAUGGUGCACUGGACGGGGGAGAACAGCAGCGUGAUCCUGAUCCUUACCAAGUAUUAUCAUACUGACAUGGGGAAAGUGCUGGAGAGCUCUUUGUGGAGGUCCUCAGAUUUUGGGACGUUAUACACAAAGUUGAAUCUGCAGCCUGGGAUUGCCACUGUUAUUGACAAUUUCUACAUUUGUCCUACCAACAAAAAAAAGAUAAUUCUUGUAAGUUCUUCCCAUAAUGACCGUGACCAGAGCCUUUUCAUAAGCACAGAUGAAGGAGCCACUUUCCAGAAACAACCAAUUACUUUCUUUGUGGAAACUCUCCUUUUUCACCCAAAAGAAGAAGAUAAAGUACUUGCUUACACCAAGGAAGGCAAGGUUUAUGUGUCCGUUGACUUGGGUAAAAAAUGGAUCCUUCUGCAGGAACGAGUUUCAAAAGAUCAUAUAUUUUGGGCUGUUGCUGGAGUUGACGGAGACCCUGAUUUAGUUCAUAUGGAAAUCCAGGACCCCAGUGGAGGUUAUCGCUACAUCACUUGCCAGAUUCAAAAUUGCUCUGAUAAGACAAUGACAAUCCAGUUUGCUGGUAGCACUGAUCGGGAUUCCCUGACUGUGCAGGAUGACUAUAUAUUUCUUCAGACAACAUCAGCAAAUCGGACCAAGUAUUAUGUGUCUUACCGUCGUAAUGGCUUCGUACAGAUGAAGUUGCCAAAAUAUGCGUUGCCAAAAGAUUUACAGAUCAUCAGUACAGAUGAAAACCAGGUGUUUGUGGCUGUUCAGGAGUGGUACCAGACAGACACAUACAACCUGUACCAGUCUGACCCACAAGGUGUUUACUAUUCCAUCCUGCUGGAGAAUGUCCGGAGCACAAAGCAGCCAGAAGAGAAUGUCCUGAUAGAUAUUCUAGAGGUCAGAGGUGUAAAAGGAGUCUUUUUGGCCAACCAGAAAAUUGAUGGGAAAGUUACAACCCUGAUAACCUACAACAAAGGCCGUGACUGGGAUUUUCUAAACCCUCCAGACAUUGAUAUGAAUGGCAAACCCACAAACUGCAAACCUCCUGAUUGUUACCUUCACCUCCAUCUCCGCUGGGCAGACAAUCCGUAUGUGUCAGGAACAGUCCAUACGAAGGACACUGCACCAGGGCUCAUAAUGGGGGCAGGGAACCUGGGAUCCCAGCUGGUUGAGUAUAAAGAAGAGAUGUACAUAACGUCUGACUGUGGGAAGACGUGGCGUCAGGUCUUUGAAGAAGAACAUCACAUACUGUACUUGGACCACGGUGGAGUUAUUGUGGCCAUCAAAGAUACAUCUAUCCCUCUGAAAAUACUCAAGUUCAGCAUAGAUGAAGGCCAGACUUGGAGUACACAUAAUUUUACCAGCACUUCAGUCUUUGUAGAUGGAUUACUUAGUGAACCUGGAGAUGAAACACUGGUCAUGACAGUCUUUGGACAUAUUAGCUACCGUUCGGACUGGGAACUGGUGAAGGUGGACUUCAGACCAUCCUUCCCCAGAGAGUGCACUGACGAUGACUACGAAUCUUGGGAGCUCACAAAUCUACAGGGUGAUCAUUGCAUCAUGGGCCAGCAGAGGAGCUUUCGGAAAAGGAAGAUUUCAUCAUGGUGCAUUAAAGGGAGAAGUUUCACAUCAGCUCUCACAUCCAAAGUCUGUGAAUGUGUGAACUCUGAUUUCUUAUGUGAUUAUGGGUUUGAGCGCUCUGCACCUCUGAAGUCAGAGUCUAGCAAAUGCUUUGCUGACUUUUGGUUUAACCCAGAAGCACCUCCUGAAGACUGCAUGCUGGGGCAGGCAUACACCAGCAGCACUGGGUACAGGAAAGUUGUAUCUAAUGUGUGUGAGGGUGGUGUAGACCUGCAGCAAAACUUAGCACAGCAUAUGUGUCCAUUGAUUGCUCCCAAGGGACUUCAGAUCAGCAUCAGAGAAGAAAGUCUGGCUGUUAAGCCUGGAGAAGACAUCACCUUCAUUGUCAGACAAGAGCAGGGUGAUAUACUGAAUACUAAAUACCAGGUGGAUCUUGGCGAUGGCUUUAAGGCGAUAUAUGUGAACCUUACGAUGACUGGAGAACCUAUCCGUCACCGCUAUGAGAAUCCUGGAAUUUAUCGCGUCUGGGUGAAAGCUGAGAAUGUGGCUGGGCACGAUGAGGCUGUGAUGUUCAUCCAAGUCAACUCUCCAUUGCAGGCUUUAAAUUUAGAAGUGGUUCCAGUUGUCGGGAGAAACCAGGAGGUGAAUCUGACAGCCAUCAUACUGCCCAAGAACCAGAACUUGACAGUCUUUUACUGGUGGAUAGGAAACAAUCUUCAGCCACUUCUCACAUUGGACAAUUUUCUGGUGACAGAGUUUGCUGAGACAGGUAACGUCAGAGUUACAGUGCAGGCUUCCUGUGGGAGCUCCAUGCUGCAAGACUCAAAAGUUGUUCACGUUUUUGAUCAUUUUCAUGUUCUUCCUCUGAAGUUUACUAAGCACCUGGACAUGUACAACCCCGACAUACCCGAGUGGAGGGAAGACAUAGGACGGGUAGUAACACAACUUCUUGCAAAGGAAACCAAUAUACCUGAAGAGACACUCAUGACAGUUGUGAAACCUGGUGUGCCCACAACUGCUGACUUGCAUGUGCUGCUACCAGCAAACCAGCCAAAAAGAAAGAGAAGUGUAACUAGUGAUAAGAGAAUAGCAACUAUAAAGCAGGCCUUGAAUGCACACAACAUCAGUUUCUUUCUCAGGGGAGGAUACUGGGUCUUAGUGACUUUAGCUGACUCCGAUUCAGAGUCUCAAAGGAUUGGAGGAGGCAGUGGCUACUGGGCUAUCGUGGUCCUCUUUGUUAUCUGUCUAGUUGCAGUUGGGGCUUUCAUCCUCUACAAGUUCAAAAGGAAACUGCCAGGCAGAAAUGUCUAUGCCCAGAUGCACAACGAAAAAGAGCAGGAGAUGACAAGCCCUGUUAACCAUAGUGAGGACACCCAGAACAUCAUCCAGGGUGAGGAGUUUAUUGAUGAUGAUCUGGACUCUCAAACGCUAGGUAACGCAAGAGUGACUCCUUCUGGGAGAAGUGGCAACUUGAACAGCUACAGAGUUCCCCUAUUGCUGAUGCCGGUCAGUGUCCAGUCCCAGGCAAUCACUCAGGCGUGGUUUUGAGCAUCAACUCCAGAGAGAUGCACAGUUACCUGGUUAGCUGAUAUUUACAGCUGAACGCAAAACCUGAAAGACUCUUCUCUAUAUUGUUUUAUUUUUCCCUGAUGAUGUCACAAAAUUGCAAAUAUGACUGUAAAUGCUGGUGGAGAGGAGGUUUCUUAUCAGUCCUGUGGAAAAAAGCAUCUGUCGUCAGUUACUGAGGGAGGAGGAUAAUACAUCUUGUGUUCACUCUAUGGCCUGAGAACUCAUUAUGUUUAAAACUCAAAAUAUGGUAGCAAAUUUGUAGCCCUAGGCACCUUCAAUGCCACCUUAUUUCUUUUCAGUAUAUGCUCUAGUUCUUUAUGUUUAUUUUUAGAAGAAUUGACUAUAACUUUUUAAUUAUGUUUUUAAUUGAGAUAUUCAGCAGAAGGCUGGAACUCUCAGCCUGAAAAGGUGAUUUUGACACAAGCUACUAGACCAGAGCAGAUGACUGGUUGAUGAUAAAGACUUUUCUUUAGGAGGCCAAGUAUUUCUGUACUGAGAGGACUGAGCAAGACAAAUGCACUUCUAGUCGAUACAAGUUCUUAACUUAAACGUGUGAGACAAUCUAAUGAAUUUAUGGCUUAGGCCCUUCUGUGGAUUAAAGGAAUUGAAUUGUUAAUUAAGAUAUCUCAUUAUAUAGGAUAAUGCUCUUGUAAAUGUACCAAGUCCUGACAAAAUCAGCACCAGUAUCUCCCCCAAUCCUACCCUAUGUGACAGAAAAACACCAGCUUGAUGCUAUUUCCAGACCAGGUGCCUUCACUUGUGGACAGUCAUUUCAGUUGCUCUCUUCUUGUCUCCUGAGCGAGCACCCCUAGGACGAUGGCAGCUGCCAGAUGAAUUAUCCUGUAGAAUCCCAUGCUGGUGGCCUGUCUCUUUUUAUAUUUCCAGAGAGUGUAAAUACCUCUUUUAAGUCACUUUCUUUUUAUGGUUAUUUUUUAAAAUCUUCCUAUUAGGACAGAGGUGGCGGGUAGGUCAGAGCUCUCCUCCGGGCAGAACUGAGUAGCACACUGCCAUCCCCACAUCCUUCUUUGGGAUUUUCUCUGGCUGUUUGCCCUUGCAGGCAGGGGUGGGCAAACCUUACCUUUUCCUCCCCGGCUGGUUUGACAAUCCGAAGGGCCAUGGGGAAGAUGGGCUGUGAUUCAGGGGUUCGUCUUUCCUUUCCAUCACCACAGGGUGUCACUCAGUCCCUACCACUGCUGGUCCCUGUUUCUGCCAGGAGGAUGGUGGGGCUUCUGAAGGAGCUGUAAGCGGAAAGGCUUGUGAGUCAGGUCAGAGUUUCCUAUUCGCAAUUUUGUGAGUUGGGUCAGAGUUCCCUGGUACUGAGCUCUGCAUCCCUGCAGAGCAGCAGUGGAGUGAAUCCACACCUCACUCACCAGUCUUUUCCCUGUGGUUUAUGGAGCUAAAUAGGAAACAGACUGUGGUGUGAUUAAUUUAAACAUCUGGCAUCAUAUAUAUAUCACAGCUGCCUGGAAUUAGGAUGCUUUUCUCAAAAACCUAUAUAAACUCUUCACUUUUUGCCUUUGAUAGAGAAUAAAUAGCUCUUUAGUCACUGAAUGUCAUACUGAUGCUAGCGGCAAGCUCACACACCACUUUGCUUAAGGAGGAUAGAGAUAGCUAACUACAUCUUUCUGAAUAAACAAGCAGAAAAUAAUCAAUGCUGGUAAGACGGAAAAGUACUGUCUUAAAAUUAUUGUAUGUAUUGGAGUCAUUCUUCCAUGUCGUUAUGGAUAUCCUAGAGCAUAUUGUCGUCAAAUGCAAUGGGCUGGAAGGUAAUAUUUCAGUGUAGUACUGUAGGCUCUUACAGACCCCACAGGAUGUAUGUGUAAAGCACAAGAAAAUCUAGAUUAUAAACUUACUGUAAGGAACUAGGUAGAAACAUUUAAGCGAAGAUUCUGAAAAGCACUUCCAAACUGCUCAGGAAAAUUAUUCUAAAAUUUCUGCCUAUUUAGUUGUAUAGUGCCAUGCAAACUGAUUUUUGGAGAAGCAAUUCUGCAGCUGACCGCUGUAUGCCAGACUCUCUGGAAAUCCAAGGUGUUACAUGUAUCUGAGUUUCUUGAAGAGAAGUGCAAAUACAAAAUAUGCUGUGAGAUGGAAACUCUCAGAAUCAUUGCACCAGAGGCUUUUGCUUCUCACCAGCUCUUUAUGCUUUUUCUAGUGGAAAUGAGCUGCAGCAGAGAAUAAAGUAAUACUACUGCAAACAGCUUACUUGUUCUUGUGAAAUAGAUCUGAAGUGGAUUAUUUGUGUAGGGCAGGUGAAGGACUGAUUAGCCUCAUGGGCAAGGGAUGGGAUGGAAUGGAAUUUCUAGCUUGGGAUUGUUCUCCCACAGUUUGUCUGAUUGGCGGAGGAUGCUCUUGGAACUGGGUCACACAUCUAAUUUAUGCUUUAACAACUACUUUUAUACAUUUAAGCCAGGGUGAUUUGUGUCUCUGAUAACAGGAGUCUUUUGGAACACAGUAGAAUAUUUAACCGCUCAGUACUCUAAUUAACACUUAGCAAAAUAUAGUGCCUGUAAUAAUGUUUUUCAAUGCUUAUUAAUUUGAUUCAUGCAGCACUCCUGUGAGAGUGGUUUGUCAUUUCUUAAAAACACUGUUUUCUAAAGAGAUGUCAGUAUUGCCAUAACUGUAUUAAUAACACCCAGGAGAUAAUAAAGGAAGAUUUUGAUUCCCUGGCAAGAAUAACUUUUAAACAAAUUAUUUUAAAACUGAGAAAGUACUGUUACCAUUUUCCCAUUCAUAGUGUCUUGUUUACCUUUAAAUGAAAAAUCCGCUAGUGCUAGAUCUCCAAUCUCUUGAACUGUAUCCGUGACAUCUUAACAUUUUAUCCUUUAUAUGUAUCUAAAAUCCUGAUAUAUGGAAACAUAGAGUUCUUUCUGUGCACACUAGUCACGCAUACAUGCACACACACAUGCAGUAUUAGUAAAUAUUCCAGUUAAAUUUGUCAGUGAGGAAGGGUGAUUUGAUGCCUAAAAAACAGAAAAUGGCUGUCAAGUACUUGGAUUCUGUACUCAGAUUUUCCUUAACCUGUAUGUGCCUCAGUUUCCCCACCUGUGCAAUGAGGCUGAUAGUAAUUAUCUACCUCACAGGGAUAUUGUGGGGCUAAAUGAAUUACUUCAGAGGAAAAGAAUUUUGUGAGAUAAAUUAUUCAUAGUUGUGCUUUCUUUGUUUAUUUGUAAUUAUCACUGUUAUUAAAGGUAGUCUACUGAAAACACCUGCAAUUAUGUAUAAACGUAAAAAAUGUAUAAUCGAGAAAGGUACAUCACUUAAAAAAGUGUUAUUAGACUUAAAAACUGUUAUUGGAACAUAUUGUUAUGUGUUAGCAUUGCAACAUUGGCUGUGAUUUUACUGUUGCAGGCCAAUACUUUAGACUUAUUUUUCUGCAGUGUUACUUAGUCAAAAAACGUACAAUAAUGGGAACAGUGGUUUGUAUCAGUAUUGAUAUCAAACUAUACUCCAACAAACCAACAAAAACUAGUGGUGUAUUGGUCUCAUUUACAUCUUUUAGUCUUCUUAAGGUCUUAUGUAUUUGUAAUUUUAAAACUACCCUGUACUUUUCAGAGUGCUCCAAACAGUACCAAUUUGAAGUAAUGUAAGAGACCUAUUGUGAUUUACAGCUGUUAUCUUUGCUUUCCCUUUAUACAUUGAAUGUUUUAUAUGGCUUUGGGGUGAUCCAUCCAUAUAAAGUGAUCAGAAAUGCUCAGUAGACAUUCAGGGAAAAUCCACACAUAGUGUAAAUUAUUUUCUAAAAAAGUAAAAGCAAUAUAAUCUAAUGUAUGUCCAUAUACCCUGUAGAAGAGGGUGGUGGAAAUGGCUAGGCAGAAAUAGAAGGUACCAGCCCGAGGCAAGAUGGUAUCAUCUCCAAUCCACAUCCAAUUUCUUUGAACUCUCUUCGGAUGUUUUCAUUGAAUUAUAUCCUUCUUAAUGAGUUUUCUGCUUUUAGCGACCAACGUAAAGAGGAAUAAAGUGUUUAUUCAUAUAGACAAUUUAUUAAAUUACUGUCCUCUGGACAGAGAUGAAUCAAUGUUUUCUCAUUAGUAGUUCCUAGUGGAAAGCAGAUUUCAUCUGACAUGAUUAUGGUUAGUAGUGGUUUAGGCCCAAUGAGUCAUCUCUUUAGUGGGAAUACUCUGCUACUGCGUGCUGUCUCUUUAACAGAGGUCAGUAGAAUGGAACUGCAGUGCUUUCCAUCCUCCGUACAUAAAUACAUGCUCAAAGAAAUGUGUGUGUGUGUAUGUGUGUGUGUAGUAUUCUUAAGAUAUUAAAUACAUGCAUUUGUUUGCAGUAACUUUUUGAUGAUGAACCAGUGGUUCUGAUAAGCUUUGAAUUUCUAGUGUUAUUUCAAAUGCAAUUACAAUAUCGCUAAGUUGAUAGACUUAGUGACAAUUUCGCUUGUAGAUUUUUCCUAUGUUUUCUAUAAAACAGUAUUUUAUAGAUUUUCAUUUAUGAGACUUUUGGGGGAAAAGAGAGACUAAAAUUUUUAUGCCUUUGCAAAAUCUCUGACAGUUGGAGUUUUUAUUGUAUAUUGAUUGACACUUCUGUAUUGUUUCCAUCUUCAUUUUUACUUCAGAGUUUUAGUUGAAAGUAAGUGCACAUUUCUCUCAAAAUAUUAACUUUCCACCAAGAAGUAGUUUAUAAGCAUUCAUCUUUAUAAAUAUUGAUUUUCAAAAUGCAAAAUUUAAUCUGUCUUCUAUGUCCAUCCAAAAAGCUGCUUCCUGGCUCAUUUUCUCUGUCUAGUACCAAUUGCUUCUACAACUUUCUUUAGAAGACUGGCAUAUAGCCUUGUCUUGCUAGUCUGAGAAAGUCUUUCCAAAACUGCCACUAGUAUAGCAUUUAAUUCCUUUCAAUAUUUCAGUAUUAACCUUCUCAGUGCCAUUUAAAUGCAUGUUUGUUACUGUCUUGUAUAUAUAUGUAAUGUUUUUCACUUUUUUCAGUUUAUAAUCAUCAGUGACGAAUUUUGAAAUAACUCAGUCUCCCAGUUAGCUUUUGCAAUUAAAAGCCUGGCCCUGCAGUCUUUGGGAAAUGUCAAGCUGUGCAAUCUUAAUUUCUUCAUCUUUCCAGAGUCAGCCCUUCUCCCCAGUUGAUCACCUCAGCAGCUUUUCUUCCAAUUCAUUUUGUAGCCUCAAGCUGGAGGAGGUGCAGAAGGGUUCCACAAUGUUGAGAUGGACCAGAACAGCUCACUUCCCAAAUCUGAAUUGGAAUGUUGUGGGGAUAAAGGUUUUAUCUUCCCUUUCUUUUCAAGUAUGUUGCAAAGAGCAGAGAGGAUUAUACAUACCACCAGGGAAAUAAGGACCUGUCAUGGUGCUUCAGGGUGGUGUGAAGACUAUAGAAUACAUUCCUUUUGGAAAUGUCUUCUUUAUUUUUUUUUUCAUGAAAUUGAUACGUACAGCAAGUUAGUUUCAUGAUUUUUUAAUAAGUGAGGUCUCAUUUCUUUAAGUUGUCAGCCCUGGCCUUUUUUCUCCUCUUAAAUGGAGUAGCAAGUUAUUUAAAAUAUGAAUUGUGGAGCCAUGUAUGACCGAAUGAAGGAUUUUCAUUCUUUUAAUCUCUUUUUUUUUUUUCCAUAUCUGAGGCUUGUCAGAAUUAAUAUUUUCAGCCAGUUUCUCUCCUGGUAGCUGAGAUGAUCUUCUGGAAGACAGUAUCUGGGACAUGAAAUACUGGAAGGCUUAGAAAUACAUACUCUGAAGUACAAUGACACAGCUUUGUGAACUGUGCUAGGCAAUGAAUAUGCUGGACAAAACAAAAUCCUUAUCAAAGACCUGUUAUGUUUUGUAUUAAAAUACUUUUUUUAAUAGUAUCUCUAAAUACAUGUUCUUAAUUGCAUACUCCUUGUCUCUCUCCUUCCAGAUCGAUUUUCUUUUAGGAGUGACAUUUACUAGCCCUGAAAACCAGUAGAUUCUUCUUACACAAGUAAUUGUCUUUGAAAUAAUUUCUUUGCAACAUUUGAGAGAAUUACACAGACGUGAGCUUUAUUGAUUGGACAUGAUUUCUGAGUUUCUGUAGAAUUUGCAUCUUUACACUAAUUUGUUGCUAUACAGUGAACAUAAAGCCCUGUUGAGCAGCAAUAAUACGUGCAGCAGUACAUGGCGCCACUUAAAUAAUAUGCCUUUGUGGCACAUAUUUUUAGUGGUAUAAUGAGUAUAUUAAUCACCAGGAAGGCCAGGCGUUCCAAAUAACUUUCUUAGCAUGUCUUAUAUUUCUCUGUUAUUUGUUGCUAAUUUUAGCCAGCUUUUGAUACUUAUAUUUAGUUCUUACUGUCAGCAUCUGGUGUUGCUGAUCAAAGAGCAAGAACUGGCUUAUUCUCUUCUUUACAAAAAGUAUUAAUUCACAGCAUUUGCUUAUUAAUUAAAACAGGUUAAGAAGGAAAUCUUUAUGAAAUGGUGUAGGAGAGAUGCUUUUUAAUGAGAACAGCUCAUACAAGGAAACAACAGACUUGUAUCCACGUGAUUUCUGAGACAUUUUUGUCCUGGAUUAUGAAUAGGCUGGACUUUGCAGAACGAGAAGUGUACACCCCAAAUAUCGGUAACAUGCACAUAGGCACUUUGCAAAUGAUAAAACUAGUACAGGAGAAUAUUUUAAUACACCACUUAUAUGUCACAGAUUCACAAACGAGCAUUUGAAUGGUUAAGAUUACAGAAUAUCAUCACAAAAAGAGUAAGAUGCCCAAUUUACUGUCUCCAUUUGCUUUACUUGUUCCAUUCCUGCUCUUUCUUUGGGGUUCAUCUUAUGAGAUGUUGAACUCUUCAGAGAAGUGACCUGCAUUGUUCAGUCCUUCCAACUUUUUGCUAAGUAAUUUGUGACAUUUUAUAGAAAAAAUAGUCUGAAUUUCCAUUCUCUUCUAUUUCACCUAGUUUCUUCCCCCUCCUCUUUUGGCCCUUUUGUUCAUUUUCAUUGUUGCUGUUUUUUUCUCUCUCUUGCCCUCUGCUGACAGUUCUCUACUGUCCACUUUUAUCUUUGUUGGGUUUUGUUUUGCUUUAUGUUCUGUUUCUAUCUGUGUUUUUAUUUGGAAAGGCACCCUAUUAUGUCCUGAAUGUUUCCAAGAAGAAUCUUUAUCUCUUCCCAUCCCUGCCUCUCCUCAGGGCUGUGCUGUAUGAUCUGGGUUGAUGGAGUUCUCCUGUGCUUUGAUUGAAAAGCUCAGAUGUAUUUUUGUAGGGCAGAAACUGUUUGAGAGGAAGAGUAUGUGAGGGAGAUGCAGGAAGGAGUGAAGGACAAGACCUAACAGUACAAGGAAAAGAGGGAGAAAGUCAAUUUUAGCAGUGUGUAUGAUUUUGCCAGGAGUUGUUGACUUUGUUUUGUUUAAGCUUUUAAGUUUACUUUAAUUCAUAAUGGCAACUAUUUUCAGGGUUUUUUAUUUGCAUACAGAAGUGUUAAAACAUGAGCAUAAAUUGCUGCAGCACUAGGAACAUGUGAAAUUUUCCGCAUUUCUAUCUAUAAUUUAAGAGGGAUACGACUCACAGCAAUAUCCUACUUGAGGUACAUGAAAAGAGGUUGCUUCACAGGAGCCAGGAUACACCUAUGUUUGCUCCAGAGGUAGGUCAGCUGGAGUUUUAUUUCUGAGAUGAUUGUAGAGCAUUUGCUAAUGGGUUUCCUCCUUAGCACAGUACUGAGCUAGGAGGCAAGGGAGAAGAAUUGUUUUAUAUAAAGAGUUUGUGUCUUGGAUUUAUACUGCUUAAUUGUAAUUUGCUAGGAUCCCUCUAUAAGCUGUAAUUUUAUAAUGUUUAGAAAUGAUGAAUAGAAUUGGUAUAGCAUUCCUGAGGGUAAAUGCCAGCCACUGGACUUUACUCAACAUGUGACUAGAAAUUUUAAUUUUAGGAACACAGAAUUUCUCCAUUUCAUACACACACCAGUUAUUUGAGUACUGUACUGCUCCUGUUUUUAUUUGUCAUUGACAAGCUGUGAUUUAUUUCCUCAUGGGUUUAUGCCAUGGACUGCACUUGCUGCAGUGCAGAAGGCUCUGAAGGGAAAACACAAUCAAAUGGAGAAGUAUAUACUUGAAUUCUUCCCUCUUGAUCCUAGUCUCUUCUGAAUUGCUUUUCUCUGAUUAUGAUUCUGCCAGUAAGCUGGGUUGAUGUCAAAAAGGGAUUAACUCAUUUUUUUCCUCUUAUGUACGGCUGAGAAAAAAAAAUAAGAGAAAAAAAAAUAAAAGUAAAAAAAUUUGCAGAGAAAUAGCAGAUUGGAAGAGGUGGGGAACUUGAUCAGCUGACAGGACACUUCGGGAAGCUUUUGCUUUUACCACUUAUAUUUACAAGUAUGUACAGCUACUGUGAUUUAACUUUCCAUUAACCAUAGAUAACAUUUCUU